AUGGACGAGAAGAAUGAGCCGCAAAGCUCGAGGGCAAACUCGAAAUGCGAAGGCCAACUCCACGAAAUAGCUGGUACAGCCACAUCACAUAACAUCGCCGUCGUCGACAAUGCCAUCCAAACAAUUGGCUUUGGCAAAUAUCAGAUUCGUUUGUUUUUCACUUGUGGGUUUGGUUUCUUCGUAGACCAGAUGCUCGCAGUUUCAGUCGGCCUAGUUUUGCCACAAGUGAAAAAGCAAUGGGAUGUUCAAUACCCCAGCAUGAUCACAGCAGCCUUGUAUGCAGGCUCGUUGGUUGGGGCCAUAAUAUGCGGUCUGGCUGCUGACUUGGUCGGUCGAAGACUCCUGUGGCAGAUUUCUCUAUUUGUGGUGACUGUUUUUACAAUGAUAGCAGCAGCGUCCCCAAGUUUCACUGCGCUUGCGGUGUUCAUUGGCCUGCAAUCAAUUGGAGCUGGGGGAAACAUCGCUAUUGAUUUAACUGUUUUCGUCGAGUGGCUGCCGAGAUCAAAGGGCUACAUCCUGACUGCCCUUGCAAUGUGGUUUGGUGUUGGAAAUGCAGUUGGAGGACUUCUUGCGUGGCCGUUGAUAGAUUCAUUCUCUUGUCCUGCAGAAGCGACCUCAUCCACAUGCAAAAGUUCUGCAAACAUGGGUUGGAGAUAUCAGUAUAUUCUAGUAGGUGGGCUGUGUCUGGUUCUUGCACUCAUCAGAGUGUUCUGCAUGAGCAUGGAAGAAUCAACCAAAUGGCUCGUCACACAGGGGCGAUUCGAAGAUGCAAUUGAGGAGCUUGGAAAGGUAGCUCGCAUGAACAAGUCUGAAGUGACUGUUUCAAUUCAAGAUUUUCGGCCAAUUCAGGAACUACCGUUGAACGAAACAAGGUCCCAGAAAGCCCGACGCCAGUGCUCCCAUAUUAGGGGGCUGUUUACGACACGAAAAUUAGGCAUUUCCACGACUGGUGUGAGUGUUUUAUGGAUGGAAAUUGGUAUUGCAUACCCUAUCUACACGCUCUACCUCCCUAUAUACCUGGCAAACAACGGCGCCGAUAUUGGAGAUGGCUCAACCUUCCAGACUUAUCGCGAUUACUCUAUUUCAUCAACAGUGGGAAUCGCUGGUCCGGUCUUAUCAGCAUGUCUCGUUGACAUCAAAAUCCUAGGUCGACGACGGUCAAUGGCCUUGACAGCCCUCUGUGCCGCAUCCUUUGCCGGUGCCUUCACAUCUGUUCGAACUGAAGCAGGGAAUAUUGCCUUCUCUAGCAUGAUUAAUUUCUGGCAGAAUGCCUUCUACGGUAUACUAUAUGCUUAUACGCCGGAGGUUAUGCCGACGGCUUUCCGCGGCACUGGGUGCGGAUUGGCAGUUGCUUGUGGGCGGACUGCUUCUCUGUCUUCGCCUUUUAUUGCGACUUUUGCGGAUUUGACAUCGUCGGUGCCUCUUUGGGUAUGUGUGGGAUUGUAUGUUUUGAUUGCUGCUGUGGCGGUGACUCUGCCUUUUGAACCCAAGACUUUCAGUGAGGAGGAUCAUAUUUGAUGGGUUAAUGAGUGUACCCUGU